GGAAUACGGCGGUGGUCAAAAAGGAACCUUUGGCUCCUCUACCAAAAGUGCCCGAUAAGCCUGAGGCUCCUAUAGAGUCGACAGUGACAGCAACGCAAGUUGAGGGUGACCGGCAUCCACCUCUUAACGUGAGUUGGUUUCAUUCCGGAACGUUGGAAAUAUCACCAAGCUCUGGCAAUGGGCUGGAAAUGGCACCACAAACCCCUGCCCAUGAUGGCCAUGAUCCAGAAUCAGAUUCUGAUGAAUCUGUGGGCAUGUGUUGGGUGUUAGCUGUCGAGAGGGUUAACGCCAGGAGAACCUGAGGUACAGGAGGGAGUUUGACCAAAUGACCACAUGGUACUAGUAGGAAUUCAAUUGUAUCAUAACCUAUCCAUCCAUCCAAGUCAGUGUUUCUCUCGCCAUACAUUAUCAUGAUAUGUAUUACUUUAUCAUAUCUCAGACCUACAUUACGUUCUUUGCUGGAUUCUUGCUUACAGCCACACUCCAUACUCUGUAACAUUUCCAGAUCUUCCUUAUAUAGAUAGACCCAUCCUCCGCGUUUGAAAGUUCGCACCAAUCUUCGAUGUCAGACCGUACUCGUUUACGAAGCGAUGUAGACAAAGCCUACGACAUACAAGUCAAGGCAGCUACGAAAGGCGCUGCACGAUCUACAGGUGUCGGUUUGAGUUUGGUCACAUUAGCUCACUACACUUGGCCGCUUUUCAGACGGCAAACCCUUGCGUUUAAAGCAUUUCUGGUGUCAGGUUUCACCAUGUUUGGCCUGGUAAUUGGUGCAGAUAAUGCGCUACUAUCACACGAGGCUGAACGACGGCGUUCUGAGAACGCUAUCCGUAGAGAAGCCAGGUUAGAGCUAGCUCGCCGUGGGCUCGUAGGGACGGAAACAGAGAUAGCAAAGUGGCGGGCCGAGAGGGCUGAAUUGGAGAACAUUCGAAGGUCAUCACCACCGUCUUCCUCGCAUGAGUAAUACCAGUUCAUUGCGGGAUAACCAGCCCCCAGUAUUAAGCCUAGAUGUAUGUACUAGGUCAUUUGUACAGCAUGCUGCAUAUAGAUAGCCCACGAUGAGAUAGAAGUCAGUGAGUAUUAAGCUUGGUCAUCGAUAUUGAUGUCGAGAUCAAUGAUUGUAACGAAAGCUGCUGUGAUUGCAGCAAGGGCGGGGAGCAGACCGAUGUGAAUGUGCGGUCAUGUAUGAGAUAGAGAACGUCGUCGUCGUUGGUC